CAGUGGGAGGAACCUAUGUUUGGACUGAUUGAGUUAGUGUGUGUGACUGUGAUUUACAUUCCACUGAUGCUCUUUGGCCUUCUGGGAAAUAUACUAACAAUUCUGGUGGUUUGGCUCCGUCCACACAUGAGAAGCUCUACCUACCUCUACCUGAGCAGCAUGGCUGUUAGUGAUCUGUUGAUACUCCUGCUGCUGCCUCUGGACCUAUACAAGCUCUGGAGGCCCAGACCCUGGCCCUUAGGAGACCUUGUCUGUAAGCUGACCAUGUUCCUCUCAGAGUGCUGCACCUUCUGUACCAUCCUCCACAUCACCUUCCUCUCCUUGGAGAGGUACCUGGCGGUCUGCUGGCCAAUCACAGCCAAGACCUUGGUGACACGGCACAGAACCAGGCUUCUUAUUGGCUGCCUCUGGCUGGGUGCGGCCGUCAGUGCAGCACCAGUGUUGGUCAUGGUUGGAGUGGAGGAAGUUGGGGGAGAGGAGCUAGGGUUCAGUGGAUGGAGGGAGGAUGGAGGGUGGACAGGGAGGGAAGGAGAACAGGUAGGAUUUAUGAUAGGUGAAGGGGGAAGAGGAAGUGGACACAUGACCUCGAUGGAUGGAGGAUUAGAGGGAAUAAAGUUGGAGGAAAAAGAGAUAAAGGGAUGGGAUGAAGGAGAAAUCAGGGAUGAAAAACAAGCAGAUGAGGGUGGAAGCAAAGAAGAGGGAAAACAGCAAAAUAAAAUGAAAGAAGAUGAGGGAGGAGGAAGGGAAGAUGGUGUUGAUGGAGGUCACGGAGGAGAGAGUGACAAGAGAGAGUGCCGCUGCACCCACUAUGCUGUCUCCUCCGGCCUGUUGUCAGCCAUGAUGAUUCUGUCCAACUUGUACUUCCUGGUACCACUCUGCAUCCUGGGACUGGUUUACAGUCUGAUUGGACGGACACUGUGGCUUCGUCCACAAAGCAGCCGGAAAGACCAGAGUCACCGGCACACAGUCAAAAUGCUGGGAGUGAUUGUCUUGGCGUUUGUUCUGUGCUGGCUGCCCUUCCACGUUGGUCGGACCAUAUUCUCUCUUUCUCUCGGCACCGUUACUGACAGACAGGUGUCUCAGUAUUUCAACCUGGUGUCCUCAGUCCUCUUCUACCUCAGUGCUGCUAUCAAUCCUUUACUGUACAACCUGAUGUCUGCCAGAUACAGACACGCUUUGAGGUUCACCUCGGCGAUGGAGGUUGUGUUUUCAGCCAUGUUACAGUCUCUGUGUCUGUCAGCAGGAAACACCUCAGAAUGGAUCUCCUGA